AUGGGUUUGGAGGGGCUUGUCCACCGGCAGGCUGUCCUUGGGUCUUACAACACCCAACGUCUCCUAACCUUCCUAGAGGAGCUAAAAGAUAUCCUCCUGGACCGCCAACACCAUCCUGGGCCCGAACAUCCCAUUUAUGUGAUCAUUUGGGACAAUGUACGCUUCCACAGAACAAACCAAAUCAGAGAGUGGUUCACCACCAACAGGACACAUUACCUGCGAGGGGUGAACAACAACCUGCAGCCAUGGGGCACCGCUGAAGGCAGGAAGAAGUUCGGUCUCAAACCGGCCAAUCCCACGGAGGAGGGUCUGGCCAGCCUGCACAGCGUGCUGCUACGGAAACAGCCCUACCUGUGGCGUGCGGCUCUGCUCUACUACACGGUGUACCACGCCAGCAGCAUGAGCUUCAGCCGGCUCUUCAGCCACAUCGCCCGCUUCGUCCGGGACCCGGACGUCCGCUGGGAGUACUGCCUGAGAGCCAAGAGGGGACAGACGGACACCUCGCAGCCCGGUUGCUUCAGUAAAGACCAGGUUUAUCUGGACGGGAUCCUCCGAAUCCUUCGGCACCGAAGGGCCAUCGACUUCAAGAUGUUGACUUCUUUAGGCAAGGUGUCCUACGAAGAUGUGGAGAGGCUGCGGCAUCUGGCGGUUCUCCCACGGACCAGAAUCCCACACUUCAUGCGAGACCAGGAGCGGUACCUGCAACACCUGGAUCACAUCGUUGCGGUCAACGAAGUGGACGAUUCAGCGCUGCAACAUCUGCUACCCUGACCCGGUCCUGAUUCCAAGAAGAAGAAGAAAGUGGAGGACGCUGGUACACUGACUGUAUCAUGUGGUGCGCUAAAGAUCACUUAAAAUAUCAAGUAUUAUCGAUGCUUUAUUGGAGCGAUUUUUGUAAAACUUGAAUGACGCGAACAAAAGGGACGUACACACUAACACCUCUAUCUACAUUUCACUUCUGUCCAAUGCAUGUCCUCUUCCUGUCUCGUCUUUACUCCCACUAUAAAGUUACCUCAAUACUGCAACUCUACGAUGUAACCAACAUUAUAUAUGUAGACUCAUACAUAGUCACUGCAUCCAGCGCCUGUACAGGACACUGCUAACAUGUCGUGUACAGAUUCAUAAUCACAUGCUUUAUUUAUGCAAUUAUUUAAGUUUUUUUUACUUUGAGAGAACAAACUGAAUGUCUCUGGUAUUAGCUUUAUACCUUUUAUUUUUUUUUUUUUAGAUGAAAUUGUUUAAUGCCUUAGAUUGUUGGCUUUUUAAUAAAAAAGGACACCAAGGACACGUCAAAUCUCUCGGGAAGUCGUUACUGAGACCAUGAAUCUUUUUAAGAUAUCAAGUGCCAGUGGACUCAGUUAAGUAUUCAAACAUUCCCCAGGGUGGCUUUUAAAAUAUCAGUAUUAUUAAUUAGAUAAUCAGCUGUGUUGUUUCUGCCUUCAGUGUGUCCUUGGUGGUCUUUUCAUAUCAGUAUGCUACUGUGAUGUGACCCGUCCCGAAGCUCCCUCCUCUGCGGCAACCAAACUUUCUUUUGCGACAUUAAAGGGAUAGUUAAACUAUUAUUAGCUUUCUUGCAGGGUGUUAGAUGAGAAGAUUUAUGCUACUUAAGCCAGCAUAGAUACCACAAAGGGGGAAAGAGCUCGACAGGUUGGAAAUGUAAAAAACAGUUACCCCGAGCAGCAAUUCACAGCUUAGAAACUGCAGGUCUGUCAGUCUGCAGAUUUCUCCACAUGUUGAAGCAGUAUUCACUGGGCUCAAAUAAGAUAAAAACAAAACAAAGUGUAAGGAAUAGCUACUCUAGCAUGUCUGGCUAUACCUACAGCAGUUACUGAGCAUUACUUCCAAGGCCAAGGGGCAUAUCAUUAACUUGUUACAUUAGUUUGUGGGGUCACUGGUUGUGUUCAGAUCCGGCACAUCCACUGUGUGGAAGGCGACCCUGGGUGCCAACAGAGUUUAUGCUAACGUCUGCGGCUCUGUCCUGCUAUUUAAUUGGAUUUUGGGGACGUUUACGCUCCAGCAACCACAGCCAAUGCUACCUGAGAUAGUGUUAACGAUUGCCAAACACAUCAGUUAAUCCUCAUCCUGAAAGCCCUUAUCUCUGUUAAAACAUACAGUUUAAAAAUACAAGCUAGUAUGUAAGCUAAACAGCCAAACCAAGGGUUAUGUCAGAAUGAAAAUAACAGAUUGAACUCGGAUAAUGAGGGUGCAGAGUUUUUGCCAGGGACCUGUUACUGUAGGUCUUUUAGCUUGAUAGAAUGGAUGUAGCCAUCAAGUGCAUUUACCCUUUUUGACAGGAAUCUCUCCUUAAAAGGGAAUCAGCUGAGGAAAUUUAAGUCAGCAAGAGUUUCUAACCAAUUUAUGGAAUUAACGUUAGUUUAAUUAUACUGAGCUAUGCUGAUCAGACAGCAUGGGUAUUGCACAGGUGUGCCUUAGGCUGGCCACAAUAAAAGGCCACUCAAAAAUGUGCAGUUUUUCUGUAUUGGGGGGUCUGGAAACCAGCCAAUAUCUGGUGUGACCACCAUCACGCUGUGCAACACAUCUCCUUUGCAUAGAGUUGAUCAGAUUGUUGA